UACUGUUCAGACCGUCCUGCCCCCGCCAGGUUCUUUGAGAGAACCAACUUAGUCUUCACCCGCGUAUCUCCAAACGAAGAGCGGAGACAUGAUUACGAGCCACACCAGUGGAGGUAUUUGAAACAGUUCAUCAGCCAUUCGUUCCGCUUUUCUUUUCUGGGAGGAAGAGUGUGGUUACUGGGACAGUUUUAAAAACACGAUCCAGUGGUGAGUAGGAAAACCUAUGCAGACUGGGAGAUGGAGGGACUUUGGAGCACCUUUCAAAGCACGGAACUCUCCUAACUGUGGCUGAGAGAACCAUCCUAUCUGUGCCUUUGAGUGCGGAGACAAAAGGCGCAUCCUUCAGUCAGUUGUAAACCUCUCGUCAUCCUGCCUUCGGUUUCUUUCAGGGAUGCGCUAUGGGAACGGCACUUCAGAGAACGAUCCGGGGUGGUCCCAUCAGCUGGUGAUGUUCGUGUUCACUUUACCGACCAUUUGCGUUGGCUUGGUGCUGAACGGAUUGGCGCUCGGCACAAUCUGCUGUAGAACAAAGCGGCGGACAAAACCUGUCGUCUACAUGGCCAACCUCAUCCUCUCAGAUUUCCUUCUGCUCCUGUCGCUGCCCUUCAAAAUUUAUGCUUUCCAUGUGCGUUCCCAGUGGGCCCUGACGAAGUGGUUCUGUCGGAUUCUGGAGUCCCUGUGCUACGUGAACACCUACGCCAGUAUUCUGCUGAUUACCGUGAUCUGUGUGGACCGCUAUGUGGCCGUGAAGCAUUCUUUCGUGAGCAGAGCCAUCUCGUCCCGGAAGAAAACAGUGCUCAUCUGCUCUGCUAUCUGGAUUCUCGUGGGCACUGGAAGCGCCCACUUUUAUUUAAACAGCAAAUCUGAGUCCUGUUUUUAUCUCAUUUCCGCAGAGGUUUUGAGGAUGGAGUUCGUCGCCCCACUAGAGAUCCUGUUUCUGAUAUGUAUGUUUUUAAUGAUGUUCUGCUCCCUGCAGAUCAUUCGCGACCUGAAGGUUCGAGCAAGCGAAACCCGGGCUAAUUGGGCGGACAAAUCCGCUAAAAUCGUCCUGUCCAAUUUGUUCACCUUCCUCCUGUGUUUCACGCCGUAUCACGUGGGCUUGUUGCUGUAUUCCUUGGCAGUCAACAGAGUCUUUUCAGUAAGUUGCGAAGUCCGUGAAUAUCUGCGUGACGCUGUUCAUUAUAGCCUCUACUUGGCCAAUAUCAACUGCUGCUUGGACGCUAUCUACUAUUUCUAUGGCAUCAAAGAAUUGUUUCCGUCAAAAUCCCCAGAGAAGCUACACUCCAGCACUCAAAUCGGCACAGUAGAGGCAACUGCAGAUUUGUCUUUAGACCGUCCCUUCAAACCCCAGUCAGGUGAAGAUAUUUUCCAACCAAGCUGCUCAGGGAUGUUAUUACAUAAUCUUGAAUCAGAUGGGACUUGAACCUGGGUCUCCUGGUUCAGGGAUAGGGCCACUUCCAACAGCCACCCCAGUCACACUAACUUUUGACCUAGUAACCCAAACGUGUUGAUCUUGAUUUCAGUGGCAAUGAUCCAGUUUUAAAUAUGCACACACAAGGUUAUCUAAUUUGAUCUUAUCAAAUGGCGGAGCAGAUUCUGGGGGCUGAAUGAUCUGCUUCUGCUUCCAAUUCUGUUGUUUCGAUGUAUCAUAAUUGUAUCAUGUACAAGUUCCACUUGCAGCUCGGGUACAGCUGCAGGAUAUUUGAAAUGAAACAACAA